AUGGCCAAGGAGGAGCCGGAUGAGCAGGCUGAGUCCAUCCGAACGGCCAAGAUGCCGCGCAUCAGCCACGACAACCAGGAGAUCUCACGUCCAUCCUUCCAGUCGCGACUGACGGAGUGGAGCGAUCAAUGCCUUAGAUUUCAAGCCUCUGGUGAGAAGUGGGUGCCGACGAAGCCAUGCUGUCCGGCAAGCCCCUUUUUAGGUUUGGAAGCUUGUCUCUUGCAAGGAUGCAAGCAGCAGGCAGCAACAGCAUGUGUGCAACUCCUAAGCAUAGAGGAGCUGUGUGAGUUGCAUCAGUUUUUCUGCAAGAACCCACGGCAUGCACUGUUUGAAAGACAGCCCGAGUUCUCUUCGGGAUCUAAACCAGGGCCCGAUGUGAUCUGCAUGAAAGUGCGGCCCUGGAUGCCGGACCUUCCAACUGAACUUUGGGUUGGCAAUGGGUAUCUACUCACGGAGGACGGGAUGCUUCAGCUCUCGCCCACCGGAGCUGCCUCCGCCAUUCGGUGCCGUGAGGUACCCGAGUCUGCGGGCCCCGUCACUGGGUGUGACGAGAAGCCUUCAGAGGCGGUGGUCCAGCGCCCCACCAAGAAAAGAGCCCAUGGUGGCAAGGCCAAGAAGCUCCGGCAGAAACCUGUUGGAGCCAAAGCGUCCGGCUCCGCCGUGUCGGGCGUCUCUUAUGACAAGCAGUCUCGGAAGUGGCGUGUUCGUAAGUGGGACCCCACCAGCAAGAAACUGGUAUUCGGGGGCAGCUUCGCACUGAAGAAGGAGGCCGAGGCCAAGGCCCGGGAGCUGGGCAGCCAGAUCAGGCGAAGGCCCAGACUUUCCGGCUCCACUGUGACGGGCGUCUCCUAUAACAAACGAGAUCAGAGGUGGUACGUUCAAUGCUGGGACCCCACCAGCAAGAAACGGGUAUUUGGGGGCUACUUCGCGGUGAUGGAGGAGGCC